AUGUCCAGGCCAUAUGCUACCCAUGGUGGAUAUCGCCCGUAUAUUAGCCCAACGUGGCGCUACGAUCAUUACUGCUUGCAAUGGCUGGAGCAAAGGGAAGUAGAGUCUGUAUUGUAUGUUAGCUUUGGAACUGUUGCCCCUGUUUCUACAAAACAGUUGAUGGAACUUGGGCUAGGACUCGAGUCUACCAACAAACCAUUUAUAUGGAGUGUGAAAAACAAAAUCAAAGAGGUUGAGAAAUGGUUUUUAGAAUUCGAAGAAAGGGUGAGAGACAGAGGGUCGUUGAUCGUACAUGGGUGGCCGCCACAAGUGUUAUUACUAUCCCACCCGUCAAUCGGGGGUUUCUUGACACAUUGUGGAUGGAACUCGUUGCUAGAAACCAUAUGUGCUGGUGUCCCGAUUGGUGUAAGCUUAGGAGUGGAGGAAGCUAUCAUAUCAGAAGAGGAUAUUAAAGAUAUGGAGCCGAUGGUGAAGAAAGAAGACGUCAAGAGGGGUGUUAAUCGCUUACUAGAUGAAGACGGAAUUGGUAAAGAAUGCAUGCAGGGAAAGGGCGCGAAUGCUUGCAGAAAUGGCUAA